AUGAAAGCAAAGUAAAAUAAACAAGUGAAAAGUGAAACACCUAACUCGUUCAAAGAGGACAGAUCUUCAUCUACCAAGUCAAGCGAAGGUGACCAAAGUGACUUAAACAAAUCAAGACUGAAUUAAAUUAAGCAAAUCAAAGAUGCAGAAUUCGACAAAGAAAUAUAGUUAGUAUGGAGGGAUCUAAAUUUGUAUGUACAACCUAGUAGAGGAAUAGAUUCAGCUUUGCUAGGAUUUUCUGAAACGAGGGAUGAGAAUUCUAAUAAAAGAAAGUAGAUUCUGAAUAGUAAUUUUGGAAUUGCAAGGUCAGGAGAGCUAACAGCAAUCAUAGGUCCAAGUGGGAGUGGUAAAUCCUCACUUCUUAGUUUGCUAUCGAAACGCUACACACAAUAUCACACUCAAUAUUUGAUUGAAGGAUCAGUGAAGCUUAACAAUGUUGAACUUUAACACUCUACUUUCAUGAAAUAUGGCAGUUUUAUAGAACAAGAUGAUGUACUGUUUGAGUCAAACACGCCAAGAUAGACUUUUAAAUAUGGAGCAAGAUUUAGAACUUCUCUAUCUGACUCAGAAAUUGAAGAUAGAGUUGAUAUAAUGAUACAUAGGCUAGGUCUUUAGGAAUGCUAAAAUCAAAUGGUAGGAGGAAUAUUUCUACCUAAGAUAUCGGGAGGAGAAAGAAAAAGGACUUCAAUAGGCAUGGAACUUAUGACAAAUCCAAAGAUUUUAUUGCUAGAUGAGCCAACAAGUGGUUUAGAUUCUGAAAAUGCUAUGAGGAUUAUUAAAUUAUUAAAAAGAGAGGCAAAACUUAGAGGGGCCACUGUGAUUUGUUCCAUUCAUCAACCAUCAUCUCAGUUGUUUUAGCUGUUUGAUAGAACUAUUUGUUUAAGUGAAGGUCAUACAAUUUAUAAUGGGCCAACUAACCAAAUUCCAGGAUACUUCAUGAAAAAUUUUGGAUUAAAAAUUAAGAAAUAUACAAACCCUGCUGACUAUCUUAUUAAAAUGGCUCAUGACCCGAAAUUAAUUAGCGACAAAUUAACAAUUGAUGCAUUAAAAAUAUAAUCUGAAAGAAAAAUAAGGAAAAUAGUAAAGACAACAGAGAAAUAGAAUUUACCUUUAGUAAGUGGUAUUGAGGUUGAAAGAGCUAGUUCAUUUUACAAGCAAUGUAGGACUUUGCUAAUAAGGUAUUUUGAAGGCUUCUUGAAAAUCCCACUAGCAAUAUUUGCUAUAUUUGGAAUUUCCAUAUUCAUGAUAGGACUAGUAGGUAGCAUCUACUUCAACGUAGGAUAGAUUGAUACAGAAAAGGAUGUGUAUGAGUUAAGGAAGAAUUUCUAAGAAUGGUUGGGAUUGUCUUUUUACCUUGGAAAUGAUGUAUUUGCAAUUUGCACAAUGUCUUAAGUCAUUCAAAUCCCUUCAAGAAAUCCACUGUUUAGAAAAGAAAAACUGGCGGGAUUUUAUUCUACAAGUGCAUUCUAUAUAAUAACUUGGUUUGCGUCUACUGUAUUCAUCAUUUUCUAUCCCCUAAUACAAUCAUUGGGGAUAUUCCUAUGUAUUGGAACAUAAGAUUAAACUUGGGAGAAUUAUUAUAAUUUCGUCAAAAAUUCCAUGCUGUUAGGCUUAGCAGGCUCAAAUUUCGGAUUCAUGUGGGGAACAAUUUUUGACAAUGAUAAUACAGCUACCACAUCAGCAAUGGCAGUGGUUAUGAUAUCUUCUCUAGGAGCAGGUAAAUUUGUAAAUUUAGGUUCUAAGACACCUAUUGUAAAGUUGAUAUCUUCACUAUCUCCAAUCAGAUAUGCAGUGGAAGGUUAUUUCAGAAGAAUAGUCUCCUAACAAGAAGAUUACGGCAUGUUCCUACUAAAUAUGUUUGGAUUUAAAUUAGGGGAUUAGAAUUGCUAGAGAAAUAUACUAUAUUUUGCCAUAGCAUUUUUCAUAAUUGGAUGGGUGAAUCUUAAGUAUCAAGCUAGAAAACUUUGA